GCCCCUUUCUCUCACGAUCCAAUGAGCUGAGAGGAAACCACCGCUUCCGGUCCCUCGUACAAACUCAUGUAAGCUAGCCGCUAGCUCUGUAAACAACACAAAAAGUGGCAAUAAACGCCACAGAGGAUGGUUCAGCUCAGUAGAAUCUGCCUCCGGAAGUAUGGAAACUUCAUUGACAACCUCCGUCUGUACGUCCGUGGAGGCAGCGGAGGCAUGGGUUUGCCCCGUCUUGGAGGACGAGGAGGAGAUGGGGGAGAUGUUUGGGUUGUGGCUGCGAAGAACAUGACCUUAAAGAGGAUCAAGGACAAAUACCCCCAGAAACGUUUCUUAGGCGGAACAGGAGCCAACAGCAGUGUGCAGGCACUGAAAGGACAGAAGGGGGAGGACAAGGAGAUCUCAGCUCCUGUUGGUAUCACAGUCACCACUGACAAAGGAAAAAUUCUUGGUGACCUGAAUACUGAGGGUGAUCGUCUGAUGGUGGCAAAAGGAGGAUUCGGUGGCUCCAUGCACUCUGCUUUCCAGCCGAGUAAAGGCCAGGUCAGAAACAUACGGCUGGACCUCAAACUCAUCGCCGACGUGGGCCUUGUUGGGUACCCAAAUGCAGGAAAGUCCUCUCUCCUGACCGCCCUGUCCAACGCCACGCCUCAGAUAGCCAACUAUGCUUUCACAACCUUGAAGCCGGAGAUCGGCAAACUGAUGUACAAAGAUUACAAGCAGAUUUCUGUUGCUGAUCUGCCAGGACUGAUUGAAGGAGCUCACCUAAACAAAGGCAUGGGCCACACGUUCCUGAAACAUGUGGAGAGGACCAAGCAGCUCAUGUUUGUGGUCGAUGUUUGCGGUUUCCAGCUUGCAAGUAACACACCGUUCAGGUCGGCCUUUGAAGCUGUUCAGCUUCUCACCAAGGAGUUGGAGUUGUACAAAGAGGAGCUUGUAUCGAAGCCUGCUUUGCUGGUGGUGAAUAAGAUGGACCUGCCUAAUGCUGAGGAAAAACUAGAAGAGCUGAAGGAGCAGCUACAAAACCCAGAUGAGUUCUCUGAUCUGCUGCCUGAUGACAUGAUCCCGAAGAACUAUUUGACCUUCAGACACGUGCUUCCCGUCUCUGCCUCCACUGGGUUUGGUAUAGAACAUUUGAAAAGCUGCAUCCGAGAAUCGCUUGAUGAAGAUGCGGAAAUGGCGACUAAAGCCAUCCAUGAAGAAAGACUGCAGGCACUGAGGCACCAAUGACAUGAGCAUUUGGGAUAAACAGAAAGUGUCACACAUUUCAGUGGAACCUACACUGUACGAUGGAAGGUGAGUCUGCCAAAAAAACUUCAAAAUUAUGCAACUUUUAUGGCAGAUGAAUAUCAUCCACUGAGGACACACCUGCGAGAAGACAAACUCUGUGGUAGUGAAGCCUUGCCCGUAGAUGACUUUAUCACAGUCAUUGUCACGAGGCUCCAGGAGUUCUGCUCGAGUUGAACAACACUGUGAAUCGUUGCAUGUUAUCAAAAUAUAAGAUGCUGUUACAGUAACAGGGUCCAUCUUGAUGCAUUUGAUCUGGUUGCUCACAACCAUUAAGAUUGUAUUUAUUUUUUUAUGUGUGUUGUGGGGAUGCAAUAAUCCAACUUUUCCUCAACAGAUAACGACCUCACAUCUCAGUGCCAGAUAUGUCUGUCAGCACCUAUUCGAUAUCAAUGCUCUUUUUUCCCCUGAAGUUUAUAAUUUGUAUGUUUCCUGAGAAAAACUCACAAGUCAUAUUCUUGAAGGUAACAUGAGGCCAGACAUUUGUGUGACGCACCAAACUGAGUCUGCAACCUGUCGUGACUGAAUGUAACUGAUAGCAGAAACACUGAACUUUAUUAUGCCGUUGAGACGUAUAAUGUGAGACUGUAUUGAUCGGUCGUGGCUGGCUGAGACCCUUUCUACUAAAUAACGCUUUUAUUGGAUGAGUGCAUCUCAAUUGUGUUGUUCAUUGACUGUAUUGUUAUACAAAAUAACUAAUAAAUGGAGGCAGUUGUCCAUUAGA